AUCACGACUAUCAAUUAUUUCCUACUUCUACCAUUAAAGUAAUACAUUUCGUAGCCUGGAAACAGUCUCCCUACCUACCUACACUUAUAGCUGUAAGAUAUCUACUCGUAUUGUUAGUUUUAACUAAACCUUCAUAUAGACGCGCUCCAAGUAUAAAUCCCAGAUCUCGCUCUCAGUUCAACGACGCUUCAUAGACAUCUUUUCACAUUAUUUUUACGCACCCUACCAGCCAAUAUGCGCUUCGCUCCAGCAUUCAUUCUUGCUAGCGUCUUUGUGACUGCUUCUGGCCAGUUUAUUAUUGGAGCUCUUGUGCUGAUUGAGUUUACCGUGGAAUUCCUUGAGGCUGCAGAAGUUGUCGCUACCCUUGACGCGACUGUGGAUAUUGGGAUUACUGCCGAUGAAGUAGAGAGCGGGGAUAUCUUAUUAACUGCUGAAGAGACCAGCACGUCUGGAGCAGUCACGAUUCGAUCUUCACCGCACGUGCAAGAGGUUGCGCAUAGUGUCUCUGGUAGAUUAUCACUGCAACCUGUGCCAGCUGGCGCAAGCACGAGCACUGGACAGUUUGCUUUGGAUGUCGAGCCUUUUGUCCUUAACCCUGAGACAGCAUAUCCUCAUGUUAGGGUAGAAAUCGACUGGUUGGCUGACUUCGCUAGAACGGCUAGACAUGGACCUGGCUCGUCAUCCACCCCUGGGUUCUCAAUGUCCAACCUCAGGCUGGGUCGCCCAAACUAUUCUGGCUAUGGCGGUCGCGGUGAAUUGAAUGUGGAUACAAAGGACUUUGUUUCUGCGGACAUACUGACCUCCAUGUCACUGAGUCGUCUGCAGAUAGAUUAAUCAAGCCAUUCUUUACAGCAUUCCCUCACGACGUAUCUGACAUAUUGAAUCUGAAUCAACAUGUACAUCCGGCAAACACAAGUGAUGAAUUGCAUCACCAUGGGACCUGAUAUCCACGUCACUCAAUGCUUUCUUUUCCAAGUGUAGAUAGCAGAGACCAGAGGCAACCUGCUUCCAGGACUCAAAAACAUCAUCGCUAAGCUCAAGAUUUCAUGUUCUACGCCAUGUAAGCGUAGCCACUGUACCUGCAGUAUUCCGCUGAUAGAUUACCGCACAGGCGUGUUCUAGUUCACUGUUUCAGAGCACCAUAGUUUUGAGCUGUGGCAUCCUCUGCGUAAUCGUUCUAGCAUUUUGCGACAGUGUAUCAAUGCUUUGGUGAGGC